AUGGGUAAGGACAAGACUCAUAUCAACGUCGUCGUCAUCGGCCAUGUCGACUCCGGCAAGUCGACCACCACCGGGCACUUGAUCUACAAAUGCGGCGGUAUCGACAAGCGUACCAUUGAGAAGUUCGAGAAGGAAGCCGCCGAGCUGGGCAAGGGCUCCUUCAAGUACGCGUGGGUGCUCGACAAGCUCAAGGCCGAGCGUGAGCGUGGCAUCACCAUCGACAUCGCCCUCUGGAAGUUCGAGACGCCUAAGUACUACGUCACUGUUAUUGACGCCCCCGGUCACCGUGACUUCAUCAAGAACAUGAUCACUGGUACCUCCCAGGCCGACUGCGCCAUUCUCAUCAUCGCUGCCGGCACUGGUGAGUUCGAAGCCGGUAUCUCCAAAGAUGGCCAGACCCGUGAGCACGCUCUCCUCGCCUACACGCUGGGUGUGAAGCAGCUCAUCGUCGCCAUCAACAAGAUGGACACCACCAAGUGGUCCGAGGAGCGCUACGGUGAGAUUAUCAAGGAGACCUCGUCGUUCAUCAAGAAGGUUGGCUACAACCCCAAGGGCGUGCCAUUCGUCCCGAUCUCCGGCUUCAACGGCGACAACAUGAUUGAGGUUUCCACCAACUGCCCGUGGUACAAGGGCUGGGAGAAGGAGACCAAGACCAAGACCUCCGGCAAGACCCUGCUCGAGGCCAUCGACGCCAUCGACCCACCGCAGCGUCCCUCCGACAAGCCUCUUCGUCUCCCUCUCCAGGACGUGUACAAGAUCGGCGGUAUUGGCACGGUCCCUGUCGGUCGUGUCGAGACUGGUGUGAUCAAAGCCGGCAUGGUCGUCACCUUCGCCCCGGCUGGUGUUACCACCGAAGUCAAGUCCGUCGAGAUGCACCACGAGCAGCUCACCGAGGGUCUUCCUGGUGACAAUGUCGGCUUCAACGUCAAGAACGUCUCUGUCAAGGAGAUUCGUCGUGGCAACGUCGCCGGUGACUCCAAGACUGACCCACCGAAGGGCUGCGACUCCUUCAACGCCCAGGUCAUCGUCCUCAACCACCCAGGCCAGGUCGGUGCCGGCUACGCGCCCGUCCUCGACUGCCACACCGCCCACAUCGCCUGCAAGUUCUCCGAGCUCCUCGAGAAGAUCGACCGUCGUACCGGCAAGUCGAUUGAGAACGAGCCUAAGUUCAUCAAGUCUGGUGACGCCGCCAUCGUCAAGAUGAUUCCGUCCAAGCCGAUGUGCGUUGAGGCCUUCACCGAGUACCCACCACUUGGUCGCUUCGCCGUCCGUGACAUGCGUCAGACCGUCGCUGUCGGUGUCAUCAAGUCCGUCGCCAAGUCUGAGAAGUCUGGCGCGGGCAAGGUAACAAAGGCCGCCCAGAAGGCAUCGAAGAAAUAA